AGUAGGUGGGUGGUGUCCCAAGGUGCAACUCACCGCCGCGCUGGCUCAGCGUGGCGGUGAGGAUGCACAGACGGUGGUAGUGGCGAGAGGUGUAUGUGGACCUUGUCCCCGCGGCAGCAAUGCAAAGCGGCAAACUGCACCUGGUAACCACCGUCGCGGAAAACGUGGCCCACGAAGCUGGAGGAGCAGAGAGAUUCGUAAAAACCACGCGAGUAAGCACCGUUCGCGGGAGAAGGGAGAUAACCGCGGGCGACGCGGGGGGGGAGUGCUGCACCCUCCUCGUCCAAACACCACAGGCAAGCACCGAGCCCUG